AUGGUGGUGACCUUCAGUAGCAAGGCUGUUAAGGACGCUGCACUUAACGAGCACUCUAUCAGCAUUGCCGGCUGCUCCGUUCUUCUUGGGGACUGCGAAAACAAGGUCUCAAUUGUCAAGACCUGCGAACUGCCUGAUGAGAUGCCUGACUCUGUCGUUAUUUGCCGUUUAGCUCACUACGGCAGAAUCAUUUCCUUUCAAUGCGACCGCGUGGAGGACGCCAUUUUAAAUGGUGUUCAUACCGUAAGAAUGUUUAUUGAGCAACCUAUUCCAGCUAAGACCUUCAUUGCUGGAGAGUUCGUAUGUUUUUGGUACCCGUCCCAACCCAAGACUUGCUGCAACUGCGGUUCAGAAGACCAUCUUGCGGCUGCGUGCAAGUCCCAGCGUUCUUUUAAUUGCGAGCGACCAGGCCAUUGCGCCAAGCAAUGUGAUAUGCCGGCACUCUGCCGCGUGUGCCUUGCUGACAGUCAUGAGACCUCAACCUGUCCUUUUAACUAUUACAGCUCUAAUGUCACCGGUGCCAAGUCGGCCAAGCACGCCGAAAUGUCUUAA